UUUAUUGCGAAUUUCACAUAUGAUGAUACAAAUGAGUUUAUAGUAAAUUUUACAGAGGAACCCGGUGACCCUGCCGAUGAAGCAACUAAAUAUCUUCUCAUAUCUUACAACAAGACUAAAAAGGAACGCGACGUAUUUCAAAUUAACUUUGCAGAUUCCAUUUCCACGACUAAAUUCCAAAAAACUGAUAUUGAGGAUGUCGAGAUAGAAAUAGAUAAUGAAGGAAAACCCAUUACAAUAUUAUUUCGCAACGCUAGUAUCAAGAUGGCAAACAUACUAAAAUAA